AAGGAUCAUCUUAGAUUACCUUUAAAAUGCCAUCGGUAAAUCAGACUUUAUCCUAAAUUCCGGUACUUCCUCAGGCCACCUGAGCAUGAAGUACUGUCACCUACCCGCAUUAACUUGCUGCAACACUGGUCCAAGCGGAUUGUGUCCGCUGCAUACCUAGACCACCGCAGCGAUCUGUCUGGACAGUGUCCCUGGAGACGCCUGAGCGACAUGUUCAGGGCACAGAUCUCGGCUCUGGUGUUUGGCGUCGGGGGCUUUGGCGCUCUCGUCGCUGCCACCGCGUCCAAUGAGUGGAAAGUAACUACCCGAGCAUCCUCGGUGAUAACGGCCACUUGGGUUUACCAGGGUCUGUGGAUGAACUGCGCAGGUACCGCGUUGGGUUCUUUCCAUUGCCGACCGCACUUUACUAUCUUCAAAGUAGAAGGUUAUAUCCAGGCAUGUAGAGGACUUAUGAUUGCUGCCGUCAGCCUGGGCUUUUUUGGUUCCAUAUUUGCCCUGUUUGGAAUGAAAUGUACCAAAGUCGGAGGCUCAGAUAAAGCCAAAGCUAAAAUUGCUUGUUUGGCUGGGAUUGUGUUCAUACUGUCAGGGCUAUGCUCAAUGACCGGGUGUUCCCUGUAUGCAAACAAAAUCACAACGGAGUUCUUUGAUCCCCUCUUCGUGGAGCAAAAGUAUGAAUUAGGAGCUGCUCUGUUUAUUGGAUGGGCAGGAGCCUCACUCUGCAUAAUUGGUGGUGUCAUAUUUUGCUUUUCAAUAUCUGACAACAACAAAGCACCCAGAAUGGGAUACACAUACAAUGGGGCCACAUCUAUCAUGUCUUCUCGGACAAAGUAUCACGGUGGAGAAGAUUUUAAAACCACAAACCCUUCAAAACAGUUUGAUAAAAACGCUUACGUCUAAAAAGAGCACUGCCCGCAAGCCGUGCCUUGAGCUUGUUUUAAACGUGAACUGUUCACAAAAUGCUGCCAUCAAGGCCCUCCUACAAUUAACACUCAAACUAUUUUUAAAAUACAAAUUUGAAGAACUUGUUGAUUAUCGGAUGUAAAUGUUCUUACAUAGUUACAUACUAAUCAUUUUCUGUUGUGACUUUCUAUAAAGAAAUAAACAGGCUAUUUACAGGAUUUGUAUAUAUUUUAUACAUCAUAAAAUUUGUAUAUGUAUUUAGCACCAAAGAUUCCAGUAUUCGUAAUGUAGCCUUCUUAAUCAUUCAGACAUUGCAACCUUUGUCCCCAUUUUUUAUGUUUCUUUUUCUUCGUAUAUUAAACAGAAGAUGUAUAAGGAGUUGUGUCUUGUAAACAGUAUGGGGGCAACCUGAGACUAUUCCUCAGAUGUUUGGGUUGAACGAACAUGUACUGGCUGAGUAGAGCCGAGUUCUGGUUUCUGACCCCUGUCUGUCACCACCGUACUUCUCCACGGCUGCUCCAGCAAGGGCUAACAGGGCCAAAUGCUAUGCCCAUCGCCUGGCACGUCCGCUUUAAAUAACUGCUCUGGCUUCUCCAGUACAGAAGGCAGAUCCUGGGGUGGGGCAUCGGCAAGAGCAGAGCUGGAGAUGCUGGUCAUGGCCGACUUUGGGGCCAACAGAGGAAGGCCUGGAGCCGCGUUGUACCUGCCCCACCCAGAAAUAAUGGACCAAGUUCCAGUGUGUCGCUCAGGUCGUGUGCAUGGAACUAACCGGUAAUGGAGAGACAGCAUUUUUCAAGACGUGUUAAGUUGCUCCAGUGAUCUCUGACCAAAGACGCCGUUUUAUUUCUAGAGGCAGCCCUUUUACCUCAUGCCCGUAAGGGCGAUAGUUAUCUCAGUCUGCGUGUGCCCGCACUCACUCCAUCCUCACAACUGCCCCCUGAGGUAAGUGCUGUAGCAACCUGAGCUGGCAGGGGAUGAAACGAAAGCAGAGAGUUGAAGUGACUUGCUGCGGCGAGUGACAAAACCAAGACUUUGAACUGAGGCAGUCUAGGGUGAAAUAUACAGUCUCAAGCUUUGGAUAAGAA